AUGGGAUCCAUUCCCCCUACAUUUGGGAAUUUGACUAAGCUCACGACAUUGUACCUUUACCGUAAUCAAUUCUCAGGGUAUCUUCCUCGAGAACUAGGUUACUUGGUGAAUCUACAAAUGUUGGAUCUUAGCACGAACAAACUCAUGGGUUCCAUUCACGAUUCCUUUGGUGGUUUGAUUAGCCUCAUUGGCAUGUAUCUAUGGGAUAACCAACUUUCCUGGAAAGUUCCUCCAGAACUAGGUUACCUGGUGAAUCUGGAAGAUUUGGAACUUAACAAGAACCAACUUUCUGGGUGUAUUCCUCGAGAACUAGGUAAACUUGCCAAUUUAAAAGCAUUGAAUCUUGGCAAAAACAACCUCGUAGGUUCCAUCCCCAACUUCUUUGGAAAUUCGAGUAAGCUCACUACCAUGUUCCUUGCUGAUAAUCAGUUCUCUGGAUACAUUCCACAAGAAAUAGGUUUCCUGGUGAAUUUACAACGGUUGGAUGUUAGCACAAACAAAUUGAUAGGUUCUAUCCCCGAUAUCUUUGGAAAUUUGACAAAGCUCACCACCUUGCAACUCAGUUACAAUCAAUUAUUUGGACAAGCUCCUCGAGAAAUUGGCACCUUAAUGGAUCUUGAGCUACUGCAGUUGGAUGGUAACAAUAUAUCUGGUCACUUGCCACCUGAGUUGUGCGCUGGAGGCUGGCUGAAGAAUUUAACUGCAUCUGAUAACAACCUGAAUGGACAACUACCGUCAAGUUUGAUACAUUGCAGAAGCCUAGUCAGAGUUUGUCUGGAAAGGAAUCAAAUAGAGGGAUAUAUCUCUGCUUUAGGAGUUCACCCAAAUCUUGUGUAUAUGGAUAUGAUCUCAAAUAAACUGUUUGGCCAAUUAUCGUAUACCUGGGGGCAAUGUCGUAAUCUUUUGAUGCUACGCAUCUCAAACAACAACCAUACAGGGAGGAUACCCGCAAGUAUGGGGAGACUAUCUCAGAUAGGGCUUCUUGACCUUUCAUCAGACAAGCUUGAAGGAAAUAUUCAUUGUUGGUAA